UAUAUAUAUAUAUAUAUUAAACGACACCUCUGCCAAGUAGCUCACUACAAAUUUGUCAAAGCCGGGGCAAAUCGAAAACAAAGACGUGGAAACGUGCUGCUCAGUAAAAACUCCAAUCGCAAACAAAAUCACACACCGAACGCAAAAGUUUGCAUUUCAAGUCUCCAUUUCCCUGUUUAGUUCGCUGCAUGAGUUUGAGAUUGGGAAAAUGGUCAACAAUCAGGACAAUGGACUUGUGAUCUACGGACUGGUGUUGAGCUUUCCUCUCAGAAUGGCGCUGUUUGCGGUGUACGUUUACCUGGAGAAUUUUCUGGCGCUGAUGCAGUUGAUCCAGGAAGUUAUGAUCCUUCAAAACCUAUUCCUCUGCAUGGUCAUCAAAUGGGUGUACCUACCGUGGCCAGCCAAUGGAGCCGCUCUAUCGCUGAGGUUUCGUACACUAAAAGUCCUCGAGAUCUUCCUGACCAUCUGGACCAUGAUGAUACACGCGACCACCCAGACGUUGCGCAUCCCGUGCUACGGCAUCAUGCAACUCAGCCGACUAUUCCACAUCAGCUCCCAAAGUCGCACCUGGACGAUCAUGAUGCAGUCCAACAAAGGCGCCCAACGCUAAAAAUUAUCCUGCGAGAGCAAUAAACGUUCGCAAGUGCAUGAAAUUCAAUGCUCGCUUUGUGAAAUCAAAUCCGCAUUCCUCUGUGCGGUAUUAGGAGUACGGCAGAGUAUAUUUGGUUAAUAAAAAGUAGACUAAAAAAUAUAUAUAUAAAAAAUUUAA